GAAUGAACCUUAUACCUCUUUACAUUGGUGAGACGGAGAAGUGAUACACCUCUAACCGGAUACACUGUAAUUGCAGGUUCGACUGUGGAUCUGGCACCGGGAAAGUUCAAUCCGAGGAAACUGUUGUGCUAAAUCAGUGGAAUACUGUGACGGUAUAUCGACAUCGAUGGGACGCAUGGUUACUUCUCAAUCAAGGAAAUCGUGUCCAGGGACGUUCGAAGGGUCUCUUCUCAAGGAUCACCUUUAGGGAGCCAGUCUUUCUCGGUGGAACGGGGAACAUUACGGGAAUGGCAAGGAAACUUCCAGUCAAUACGGGACUCACGGGGUGCGUGAGGAAGUUCAUUGCGAAUGAGCAUGAGUACGAAUUUAAUAUUUCACCAUCUGGGGACGUCAACCAGGGAUUUGAUGUGCAGGAAUGUACCACCGAUCGUUGCAGCCGAUACCCAUGUCGCCAUGGUGGGAAAUGCCUGCCCUCCGAUCAGGGAGCUAUUUGUUUGUGUCCCCUCGGAUUUGGUGGUGAUUUAUGUGAGAUGCGACUGGACUUACAGGUGCCUUCAUUUAAUGGAUCAUCUUAUUUGAGAUUUUCCCCUCUGGGGGAUUCUGCACUCAUUUGGCUGGAAUUCAAGAUCAUUAUAAAGCCACAACAAGAGGACGGACUGUUGCUCUACAGUGGCCAUCAUGACUAUGGUGAUUACAUAUCAUUGUGCCUCAAUAUGGGGCAUGUGGAGUUUACAUUCGAUCUUGGCAGUGGACCAGCAACAGUUCGGAGUGAGUAUCCCCUCACAAUGGGUCAGUGGCACACCGUCAAGAUAUCCCGUACAGCUCGAUUGGCCGUCAUGAAGAUUGAUCAACUGACGGAAGUGAUGACGAUUUCUCCAAAUGGGUUCUGGCAUUUGUCACUUCCGCAUAGUCUCUACCUCGGUGGUGUGCAGAAUACACAGAUCCUGCCACCCAAUGUAAGGGACAGAGCAGCUUUUGUGGGGUGCAUCCAGAAGAUGGAAGUAAAUGGACGACCAUUCUCAAUCAUAUCAGAAGCCUUGGGAGGCUCAAAUGUGGAAAACUGCCCGCAUGCAUGCGUAGCUAGACCAUGUGGACCAUUGGCUAUGUGUGUACCCAAUCUGGAUUCCUACGAAUGCCAGUGUAGCCCCUCAAAUGGACCAUGCCACAGAGCUGAGCAAGAAGUUAGGCGUCAGGAAAUGCUAAGGACUACAACAACCACAACUACCACAACAACAACGACGACUACAACAACUGCUGCACCGGAAGUGGAUGAUGAACAGGAUGCAGAUGACUACGAUGAUGAUGAUUACUACGUUGAGGAUGGUGAUGAGGUGACGACACAGGAAACACCGAGGACAACUGAACGCCAAAGUGAAGGACACUGGGAUGAUUGGGACGAAGACACCAUUGACAAUGGGCAGUACCUGUCUGUGGAUGAUGAUGACAAAUUACCCGAUGACGACAGGUGGAUUCUCAGGGAUGGGAAGGAGUUGACUGUCGAUGGUGACAAAUUGACCGAUGAGCAACGACCCAUCCUUGCCACGGACACGGACGACACGCUUUUUGAAGAGCCGGACUUUGAGGAUGAGAUGCGAAAAAUAAUGAAGGAACGACAAGAUGCUGAGGAAUCCUGGAAGGAACCCCGUCGUGGGUUGAGACGGAAAAAAAUCCACGGAGCAUGUUUCACGGGCCACGAUAGCUUCUUCCACUACAGCGAUGCUGACACCCUGUCCCAGAUAAUAAGCUACACGACGGAUGUGAAUUUGCGCUUCAAAUCUCACUCCAAAAAUGGUCUCUUGCUCUGGACAGGACGUCAGAGUGCUCGUCCCGAUGAUGAUUUUUUGUCGCUGGGCAUUGAGAAGGGGUUCCUGCAUUUGAGAUACGACCUUGGUUCCGGUGAGGUAGACAUUAAAUACAAUCUUACAAAAGUCAGCGACGGACUGUGGCAUAGAGUUCGUCUUGUAAGGAACCUCCAACAAGGUUCUUUGGAGGUCGACGGAGGGCGGGCAGCUGUUAAAAAGUCUCCAGGGAGACUGAGACAGUUAAAUACAAAUACUGGACUAUAUGUCGGUGGAAUGCCAGAAGCAUCGCACUACACCCGCCGGAAAUACAACAGCGGUAUCACGGGAUGCAUUUCAGAGGUCAUUCUAGGCGGUCAGGUGCGUCUUAAUCUGGACUCUAGCAUCCUGGGGACGGCACACAAUGUUCAAUUGGGCGUUCUCUGAAGCCCCAUCCAUUCCUGAGCUCGCCCAAAAAGCUUUUAGAGAACAAAACAAAAAUGCACCAAAUCAGCAGAAAUUUUCUAUAUCGUUGGAUGAAAAAGAAAUCCAAAAGUUUUACACAAACACACUCUGAAGAAAUUUAAGAAAUCCUAGCGCGAUUUUUGGGGUCAAUUUGAGUUGUUUUUACCAAUUGGAGAAAGGAGUAAAAUAUUUCAAAGGACUUUCCUCCCAAAGUUCCGCAAUUGCUUUAUUAGUAAAUGGCUGCAAACUAAAUCAAUUAAAAAUCACACAAUAAGGUGAACUUUGGGAAAAUCCUUUUGAUCCUCUAUUCUUUGCUCUUUUCUUGCAAUGUGGUUUGAGUGAGAUUAAUGUAUUUUGAGGGAAAUCCUUGCAAUUUAUACGCGGCAAUUGAGGAAAAAUGGUCAAUUUAUUGAAAAGAGAUUCCUAAUUAAAAGAAAAUUUAAAGAAAAAAGCACACAAUAACGAAUAAUUUUGAAAACUUCAGCAUAUCCUUGGUGAGUAAAACAAAGAUUGAACUCACUUUGCAAUACCAUCAAUAAAAAAAAUAUAUCAGCAUUAAAGGUUUAAUGCGAACUUUUUUGAAUUUUUUUCUUUAACAAUAUCUUCUUUUUUUUACAUAAGCGAUAUAUUUAUAUACAUUUCAUCGAAACAUACUUAGAAAUAUUUAAAAAGAAAUUUGCAAAGCAUUGAGCUUUUGCGUCCAUGAAAAUUCUUAUGAAUAAAAAAACCAACAAAAAAAGGAUUUAUUUCUUUGGCGGUGCCGGUUCCAAUUAAACUUUAAUACUCAAAUAUACAUUCAAUAAAUAAUUUUGAACCUUCGAUGAAAACAAUUUACAAAAUACAUAAUUUACUGGAGCUAUAUAUUGUAAUGAAGAAGAAAAACAAAGGAAAACCGAUAUUUAAUUAACAGGGUGUGAGACUUUAAAUUAUGUGAGAGAAUAUUCUAUAUUAUAGAAAUUCUAUUAUACGGAAGAAAUAAUUUUAACAGAGACGAAGAGUUGAGGAUGGAAACAGAAAUGUAGACCUAAAAAAACGAUAAAUGUGUAAUAAUAUUUUAAGAAUAAAAAAAAUGGAGAUUGAAGUAAAUUUUGUAAAUAUGAAAUAGAGAAAACUGUUGAAAAGAAAGAAAACUGAUUUAUGGACAUGGAAGGUAUUCUAUACUCCAAAUGAAUGUUAAAAGGAGGAUGUAACCAAGAAAUAUUUCAAGUGCUUUAAGAAUUCUAAUAAUUGUUACUUCAACGUCUGUAUUUUCUUGUACACAAAAACUUCUAUCACACCCCUCUUCUAUACAAAAAUACUACAUACUACCUACUACACAACACAUCCCUUCUUAACGAAAAAAAAAAGAAUCUUUUAAUUUUCAUUUUUUUCCUUUUUCGUAUUAAGACAAUGCAACAAUUUAGUGGAUGUAAUAAAAAAAAAACAAUUUAGCAAUGCCGAAUAAAUUCCCAGAGAUCGAAUGUAAUCUCGUCAAUUAUCUCCGAAAGAAGACACGAAACGCGUUGACGGCCAUUUUGCAUCACAAAAAGGACGCCAUGGACGCCAUUAGUCAAAAAUAUAAAAAAAAGAAGAGAACCAGCAUUAAUAAUUUUUGAGAAAAUACACGUUACACACAACCAUGCAUUGCAUUAGAGAAAAUAUAGAAUAAAAUACUGUAAAUAAGAAAAGAAGAAAAAAAGGAUAAUGGUAUAUAUAAUGGAUAAAAGGACAAUUUAUAUAUAAAUAGACUGUGUAUUAGACGUAAAACCUCUAAAAUGGCGACAAGAGCACAUCAUUUUAGUAAAAAAAGAAAAAGAAUGGAUUGUAAAUAGUGGAAAAAAAAGAAAGUCGCUUCAUGAGUGUCAUACAGUUAUUUUUAUCUAUGGAGAAAAGUAAAAGCGAAAAAGAUUAACUUUUAGCGGCUGUAAGAUCUUUUUUUCUUAUAGUUUUUUGCUGACAAUAGUGUGUAGAGAACAUAUCAGAAAGACGGUUUAUAUUGGUUUCCAUACGAAUAACUAUAAAUAAACUAAUUUAUCGCAGCAAAAGUGAAUGACAAUGCACCAUUUGCAAACUUAUAUUAAAAUUUGGUAUAUAAUUGUAUGUAAUUUGGAUUUAUUAUAUGCGCUAACUAUAGGAUAAAUAGUAUCAAAUGAUUUUAUAUAAUCACCAUUAAAUCACUGCGUGUGAUAGGAGAGUCCAAUAAAGAGUAAAUAAAACAAAAUGGGGAAAA